CAGGACUUUUCCACGCGAAGCCCAGGCUCACAGUAAUUCGACUACGGCGCAAAGGCCGUCAGCAAACAUGGCCAAGGACAAGAAGAAGGGCGGCGCCGACGCCAAAAAGGCCAGAAAAGCCGAGAAGGCGGCCAAGCAGGCCAACAAGGGAGAAAAGAAGGCCAAAACGAAGCAAGCCAAGAUCGAGGGCAGCGAUGCUGAGGAUGUCGAUCUCGACGAGGUUCUCGAGGAAUACCGUCGCCAGCAGGAGCAGUUCCUCAAAGUCACCGAGGCAGUGUGCGAGUCUCCGCCAAAGGCCCGCGCUGCAUCUACGUUGAUGGCCUCGCCCCACGACAGUAACAGUUUGCUGCUCUUUGGUGGCGAAUACUUCAACGGAUCGCUGGCUCAGUUCUACAACGACCUCAACAUCUACAACAUCAGCCGUGACGAGUGGCGCUGCGUCACCUCGCCCAACGCGCCGCUGCCCAGAUCCGGACAUGCUUGGACUAGAGCUGGAAACCCGAACCACGUCUACCUAUUCGGAGGAGAGUUCUCGUCGCCCAAGCAGGGCACAUUCCAUCACUACAAUGACUUUUGGCGGCUGGAGCCUGCCACGAGGGAGUGGACCAAGAUCGAAGUCAAGGGCAAGGACAAGAGCCCGUCAGCUCGCAGCGGACACCGCAUGACAUACUGGAAACAGUACAUCAUUCUGUUUGGUGGCUUCCAGGACACGUCGAACCAGACCAAAUAUCUAGCCGACUUAUGGAUCUUUGACACGGUGAACUUUGUGUGGCAUUCGCCUCAGCUUCCCCCUGCCCAACUGAAGCCAGAUCCCCGAUCGUCCUUUACUCUGUUGCCUCAUGACCAGGGCGCAGUUCUCUACGGAGGAUACUCGCGAGUCAAGUCAACUGUACAAGUUAAGCAGAAAGGCGGCAAGGGGGGACAGAACCAGGCUCAGAGGAAUGUCCUGAUCCCCAAGGUCCACGAUGAUAGCUUCUUCUUGAGGAUGAUCCAGCCUCCAACUGAUGCUAACCCCAGCACGCCUCCGACGGUGCGUUGGGAGAAGCGAAAGAAGCCAGCCAACGCCCCGAACCCUACUCGUGCGGGUGCUACCAUGACCUGGCACAAGGGUCGAGGUAUCCUCUUCGGAGGUGUGCAUGACGUGGAGCAGAGCGAAGAGGGGAUAGACAGCGAGUUUUUCAACCAACUGUUCGCCUGGAAUAUCGAACGAAACCGAUUUAUGCCUCUGGCUUUGCGAAAGCCUCGCCAGCAGAAGAAGAAUGCCCCCGAGCAGCGAGUUGGUCGCCGAGGACGCGCCCAAGCCAAUGAGGAUGAGUUACUCAGGCAGCUAGCGGCUCUUGAGAAAGGCACUUCCCUCGAAGAUGCUGAUGACAUUGAGCUUGAAAAGAAAGAGGAGGUACCGGAUGAAAAGCCCGUCAAGGAGAUGCCUGUGACGAUGGAACCUCCUCAUGUGAGGUUCAAUGCUCAGAUGGCCAUCCAGGACGACGUGCUCUAUAUCUACGGCGGAACAUUUGAGAAAGGAGAUCGAGAGUUUACCUUUGACGACCUCUACGCCAUCGAUCUAGGCAAGCUCGAUGGGUGCAAGGAGAUCUUUACGCGACCUGUGGAAGACUGGAUUGAAUCGGAAGACGAGGACGAUGAUGACGAGGAUGACGAGGACGAGGACGAGGAAGACGAUGAAGAGGAGGAGGAGGAUAAAUCCCAGCAGCUCUAUACGGCGAGCAAGCGGAAGAAGAAGCAGGAUGAGGCUCCUGAGGUUUCUUCUGAACCUUCUGAAACCCCCUCGGAGACGACAACUGAGGAGGACGACACGGAAACUGCCACUUCUGUGGACGACGGGCUUCCACACCCCAGGCCGUUCGAGACCCGACGCGAGUUCUUCGUGCGCACGACGGCAGAGUGGCAGGAGAUUCUCAUGACCAACCUGCGGUGGAAAAACAUCCAGCCCGAAUCGCUGACAAUCAAGGAGAUCAAGACCAAGGCGUUCGAGCUCAGCGAGGAGAAGUGGUGGGACUCACGCGAGGAGAUCACGGCGCUGGAGGAGGAGCAGGAGGCGGCGGGCAUCCAGGAGGUGGUCAGCCUCGCCGAGAGGGGCGACGCCGGUACAAGCGGGCCGGGAGCGAGGAGGAGAUAGCGAGGCCAGAUGCCACUGUACAUGGAGAUACAUAGGUAGGUAGCGAGUAGUCGCGGCAAUGAAACAUCAGGCUUGGAUAGGAAGUUGUUUCGCGGUGGGUGGAGCUGCUGAAGGUCGGACAAGCGGGCCAUGGUGUGAUGAGGACAUGGAUGACCCAUGAAGAUGCAUCUCAGGUGAGUUGCUGAGAUUGAUCGCAGUGCAGUAGGAUGUCCACCCCAGGCUGUCAGUGUUGUCAGUGUUGUCAUUACUUGUCAUGUCGG